UUAAUAUACACCCUGCCCAAAUCUCUUCUAUAUAACCAUAUCUCUUACCAUUGAUACUCCUCUACUACCACCACUACUACAACCACCACCCUCAACCGUUCGCCGCCAUAAAGCUCCACCAUACAGGAAGGAGCUAUAUAUAUGGGAUGGAGGCUAACAACAACAAUAAUAUUAUUGCUCCAUUUGUUAUGAAAACAUAUCAAAUGGUGAAUGAUCCAAAGAUUGAUGGACUUAUAGCUUGGGGAACAGCAAAUAAUAGUUUCAUAGUUGUUGACCCUUUGGAUUUCUCUCAAAGAAUCUUGCCUGUUUACUUCAAACACAACAACUUUUCCAGCUUUGUUCGUCAGCUCAACACUUAUGGAUUUAGAAAGGUGGAUCCAGAUAAGUGGGAAUUUGCAAAUGAAUGGUUUUUAAGAGGACAAACACAUUUGUUGAAGAACAUAGUAAGAAGAAAACACAGCAGAAACUCAUAUUCAUCAAAUCAAAGGCAAGAUGAAAGUGAAGAUGAAGAUAUUAUAACAGAAAUUUCAAGAUUAAAGCAGGAACAAAAAGCUUUAGAGAAUGAAGUUGAAAAUAUGACUAGAAGAUUAGAAGCUACAGAAAAAAGGCCACAACAAAUGAUGGCUUUUUUGUUUAAAGUUGUUGAUGACCCUGAUAUUUUACCAACAAUUUUGAUGGAAAAAGAGAGAUCCAAAAGGCUGAAGUUAACAAAUUCCGAGAAGAAAAGGAAACUUAUGAUUUCGAAUUAUUCUACAAGUUGUUGUUCAGUAAAAAGUGGAGAGGCAGUAGUAGGGGCAACAUCGUCAUUUCACUCUCCCGAUGCGAAUUUCGAUAAGGAUGCAUUCUGUCAGUCUUCGCCAUCGUCAGAUACGCUAAGUGGUCAGUUUUAUAGACCAACUUUAACAGAUGAGGGACAAUUGACACAUAACAGUCGGCCUGUGAUAACUUAUGAACCAGGGACAAUAUCGUCAAUUCGCUCUCCCGAUGCGAGUUUCGAUAAGGAUACGUUUUGUCAUUCUUCGCCAUCGUCAAAAACGCCGUCCGUGUGGACGGCGUCGUUGAGCCAAAGGAAAAAUAUAGGUGGUGGUCGACCGAUGAUUUACAGAAGUAAUUGUCCUACUAUGUCUAGUUCAUUGUCGUCGGGCUCGUCGGACAGUGGCGGCUUCAGAGCGGCUCCAAUGGAUAACAACUUUUGCGGUUACGACUACGGCGGCGGAGGAAAUGUGGCGACGGAGGAGGCUAGUCCACCACCUUAUCCAUUUUCUUUAUUAGGAAGUGGAUUUUAGUUUAGUCACAUGAUUUAAUUAUUAUGUGACCUAUAGUUUUUGUAGUUAUUUCUAUUCAUUUUCAUAGUUUCCCUUUUAUUUAUGUACUACUUUACAAAUUAUGUAUCUGAAAAGUGAGACCUCCUAGCUAACUUUAACAAUAGGACUAAUAAAACUUGGCUAGGGAAUACAGGUUCAUUUUUGUAGCUAUGCUUUAUAAUUUUGCUAAUUUUAGGAUAAUUCUGUGUGAAGUUUGUAUAUUUUAUGAUUGAUUAGCAAGAAUUAUUUCAAUAAAAUACUUUGUAGUUUAA